AUGCGACGACACUCCACUCGUGUUGUUGCGCUGCUACUCCCCGUACCCUCUGGGCGUAACCCAAUACUAAACUCUGGGCAUUCAUUUACACUACCAGAUCCUCAGGCGUUAUUAACCUCACCUACAGGUCUUUUCGCCGCUUUGAGUGGACGUAAUGUAGUUACUGGUAAUAAUAUUAACGAUAAUGGGAGUGACAAUGUUCAAUCUAGAAGAGAUGGACGAAGAGGAAGAAGGAGAAGAAAAUUUUCUGGAAAUGAAAAUUCUAAUGGAAAAGAAGGUGGUGAUACAAAAGUAGAAUCUGGUUCUAGUAAACGUGCUUUUUUUAACCCUGAGGCUGUCUCGUUAGCAGUCAUGAUUCUUAUAUUAACAGCUAUCUGGGAAGCCUUCAGUGCUCAGAAAGAGAACCUUGGGAAAAAAAUAAAGGAAGCUCUCUUUAUUACACUUGAGGUUCGUUCCUCUCGUGAAGAAUAUGCUAUGAUUAUGAAUUGGAUGGGACGUCAACCACAGGGAAAAAGAUCUCGAAAUAUCUCAUUAAUGCCAAUUUCUGUUAAAGAAGAAACCCUAAUAGAGGAAGGAGGACAUCGUGAAGAAAUUGAAAUUGAGAAUGAAUUCGUUCCAGGAUUUGGAGAUCAUUAUAUAAAAUAUAAAGGUACACGUCUUUGGAUUACUCGUUCCAUUGAUACUUCUAAACAGUAUCGUUCUUCUUCACGUAUGGAUAGAGAAGAUGAAAUACUACAAUUAGUUUUCUUUACACGAGAUCGAAGUAUAGUGCGUAAUUUUAUGGAUGAUGUACGAACUUCAUGGGAAGAGCAGUCACGAAAUAGUGUACGACUUUAUCUUCCAAGUGGGUGGGGUAACCGAUGGGAAUUUCUCGCAAAACGACUACCGAGAACAUUAUCAACAUUAUAUUUACCUGAUAGUACCAUGUCUAUUGUGGAAGAGGCGAGAGUCUUUCUACGUUCAAAAUCUUUAUACAUGUCACUUGGUGUCCCUUGGCGUCGUGGAUACCUUUUUGAAGGACCUCCUGGUACAGGGAAAACAAGUUUUAUUCUCGCCUUAGCGAGUGAGUUUUCAUUGCCUAUUUACUUACUUUCACUUCAGUCAAAAGAACUUGAUGAUGCUGCACUUAUUGGAUUAAUUAAUUCUGUACCUCCCAAGAGUCUUCUUGUUAUUGAAGAUCUGGAAACAGCUAUAAAGGCAUCACCUACUACUACUACUAAUUCUUCUACUCCUACUGCUUCUUCAGAGGCUCUAUCAUCUACCACUACUAGUAGUAAUAGUAGAGCUGUUGUAAAUACAGAAGUUGGUGGAGGUCGAGAUUCUGGGGUAUCUUUGAGUGCUUUACUUAAUGCUAUUGAUGGUAUUGCAAGUAGUGAAGGAAGAGUACUUGUUAUUACGACUAAUGAUGCAUCUCGUUUACCUUCACCAAAUGCUUUAUUGAGACCUGGUCGUAUUGACCGAAGAGUUUUCUUUGGACCCCUAGAACCUGAUGCCAUGAAGAAUAUGAUGAAGUCAUUCCAAUCAAUAUCAGAGGAUGGUGUUUUUAAGGCUACUCUUUCGAUUCCUGAAAAAGAUACUGCGAAAGAAAUACCCAGAACUCCAGCUGAACUGCAGAAUGAAUUACUCUCUGCCAUCUACAAAAACUCUCAGUGA